CGAUCAGUGGGCGGGCAGGAAGGAACUUGACGAUGGACGACGAUAUUAUCCUCAACUUUGCGGACGACGACCAUGCGCCCCUUCGCAAGGGGAAGAAUAAGGGGACGCGCGCUGACAGGAUAAAGGCGAAGCGCGUAGCCAAAAGAAAGUCCGAUGCAGCUUCCGCAGAGGUAGCAGAUCAGAGGCCUGCGAAGAAGCCCAGAAAUGAGGUGGCAGAGGAUAGGCCACAAGCCCAGCCAGCUCAGCCCAAGGCCGGGCAAACUCACAUCAUCUCCUCCCUCUUCUCCCACAACCCUCGCGUCGAAGCUCCUGAACCCAGCUCCGCACCCAAGACUCCAUCCGCACCUAGUAAUGCCCCCCUCGAUACCUCUACGUUCUCUGGUCUCGGUCUCAACCCCCUUCUCAUCGCACACCUGGAGAAGAAACUCUCCAUCACAAAACCUACCGCCAUACAGCGCGCGGCCCUCCCCGCCCUGUUAGGCCGGCUAUCCGCAGAGAACGCCCUCCGCGAUGUCUUCAUCCAAGCCCAAACCGGCUCCGGCAAGACCCUCUCCUACCUCCUCCCCAUCAUCCAGGACCUCCUCCCCCUCAGCAGCGACUCCUACAUCGACCGCUCCAUCGGCACGCUCGCCGUCAUCAUCGCCCCCACGCGCGAGCUCGCGCAGCAGAUCUCCGACGUCCUCGAGAACCUUCUCAAGCUCCGCCUCCGCGCCGAGGACGAGGGCGCGGACUCUUCGUCCUCUGCGCGCCUCACGCGCUGGCUCGUCUCGGGGCUGCUCAUCGGCGGCGGCACGCGCACGCACGAGAAGGCGCGCUUACGGAAGGGCCUGCCCAUCCUCGUUGCCACGCCUGGCAGGCUGCUGGACCACAUCCAGAACACCUCGUCGUUCAAUGUGGGCAAGUGUCGCUGGCUCGUGCUCGACGAGGCCGAUCGGCUCAUGGAGCUCGGCUUCGAGGACACGAUCAAGGGCAUCAUUCAAGGCCUCGACGGGCGGCGGCGCCUCGCGAUACAGGCCGCGAAGCAGGGCGUGUCGACGGAGGUGGGCGGCUGGGACUGGGAGCGCGGGCGGCGGACGAUCUUGUGCUCGGCGACGAUCAAGGACGACGUGCAGAAGCUGGCGGGCACGGCACUGGUUAACCCGCUUAUGAUUGCUGCGACGACGCACGACGAACCGAAGCUGGGAGAGGGGAUUGACGCGCCUGUCGCUUCGGACAAGUUUACGCCCCCUUCGCAGCUGGCACAGAAAUACGUGAUCGCGCCCUUGAAGCUCAGGCUUGUCAUGCUCGUCGCCCUGCUGCGCUCGCUGAUAGCGAAGGCGCAGGGCCGCGGGACGAAGAUUAUCGUCUUUCUUAGCUGCACCGACUCGGUCGACUUUCACUGGGAACUUCUCGGAAACGCGAGCAUGAACGACACCCAACAGGACAGCUCUGAUUCCGACGAAGAAGACGAGGAUCAGGAAGUUAACGAAGACGGCGAAGAAAACACCAAGAAAUCCUCCCGCCGACCCAACGACACCUCGACCACCUCCCACCUCCUCCCCGGCACUACCAUCUACCGCCUUCACGGCUCCCUCCCCACGCAAACCCGCAUCGCCACCGUCCGCGGUUUCUCCUCCAAAAACCCCACCUCCGUCCUCUUCUGCACCUCCGUCGCCUCCCGCGGGCUCGACCUGCCCCUCGUGCGCGCGGUCAUCCAGUACGACCUCCCGACCGAGGGUGGCGCGACCGAAUACGUGCACCGCGUGGGCCGCACGGCGCGUGCCGGGAAAGGAGGUGAGGCCUGGAGCAUCGUCGCGCCGAGCGAGGCGGAGUGGGUGAAGUGGGUGGAGGCGAAGAUGCGGGGGGAUGAGAAUAAGCAGGAUGAUGCGAAGCAUAACAUCACGUUGACGGGUGUGUCGAUGGAGACGGUUCUGCGUAGCGGGUUUGGCGGUAAGGGGACGGAGCCGCAGGAGCGCGCCACGGAGGUCCAGCUCGCGUUCGAGCGCUGGGUACUGCGCAAGGAGCACUCCGAGCUCGCCCGCAAGGCCUACCUAUCCCACAUGCGCGCCUACGCCACGCACCCCUCCUCCGAGAAACACAUUUUCCACAUCCGUCACCUCCACCUUGGUCAUCUCGCCAAAGCCUUUGCUCUCCGCGAGGCGCCCAAGGCGGUCACGAACCGCAAGAGCACCGACGGCAAUGCCAAGGCGAAGAAGGCGCCCAAGGGAAGCAACGCGAAGAGCAGGGAGUGGGAGGCGACGCAUAGCGGCGAGGCGGAGCGCCGGAUGCAGGAGGUCGUGCGCGCGCAGGGUAAGCUUACGAAGAAGGGUGGGAUGUUGAGGGCGGCGGAUACGUCAGAGUUCCAGAUUGCGGGUACGGCGGCGUUGGAGAAGAUGCUUCAGGGAUCGUUAUGAUAGUACAUAUCUUAUUGCUGGUUCAUCGUUUAUCUACAUUUGUGCACUCAUGGCAACUGGAACUUCCAAGUUCAACCGUGGGAAUGAUUGUGUACGUAACAUCUCCGAAAGUCACGAGAUCUUCCAG